CGCCACGAAGUAAAAUAAAAUAAAAUAAAAGAGCUUCACAAGAAGAAGACCCCACUGAAGAAGAAGAAGAAAGAAAGAAAGAAAGAAAGAAAGAAAGAAAGAAAGAAAGAAAGAAAGAAAGAAAGAAAGAAAGAAAGAAAAAGAAAGAAAGAAAACGCGUUUGGUGCUUUUUCAUGAAGACGCCAAUAAAUCAAACCGCUACCACGAGACCCCGGGGGUUAACGGCGUGACCUUCGACCUCCGUGCUGGAUUCGAGUGGGUCUGUCGGUUGUUGAGUCUAAAAUAACAGUCCAAGCCUCCAGCAUGGAGUUAACACCGAGCAUAGAGAGCAGCAAUGGCCAAAAGUGCACCUGUGGGGUGUGGGAGGUCCAGGGCUGGUGUGUGGAGUGUGUGGAGGCUCUGUGUGAGGCCUGUGUGUCCGCCCACAGGAGGGUCAAGUUGACUCGAUCUCACACAAUCCAGACCCAACCCUUAUCCGGUCAGAUGACCUGCUCAGACAAAACCCAGAUUCAACCCUCUUCAGGAGACGUUCCAGUUCUGAGCUCUGAGUUCUGCCAUACUCAUGCCGGAGAACUCCUCCAGCUCUUCUGUUUUACAUGUGGACAGCUGACAUGCCGUGACUGCCAGCUGAUGGCUCAUAGAAACCACAGGUUUCAGUUUGUGCGAGAAGCAUUGCAGGAACUGAAGCAAGAACUAGACUCCACAUUCCAGCGUAUUGGAGAUCAGAAAGAAGCUGUGAAACAGAGCCUUCUGGACAUUGACACCAGGUUGCAGCACAUCGAAGAGCAUAAAUCCAACUUUAAGAAAACCCUGAGACAAGUGCUAAUCUUCAUCGUCCAGAAGUUGAAAUGCAGGCUAGCAGAAAUCUACACCAGAGUACAGACAGAGUUUCAGAGAGAAUUGGAUAUGAUUGAGACCAGGAAGCUCCUCCUGAAGGAUCUGGUGAACAAACGGCAGUGUCUGGUCGAGCGUACAGAGAAAGCCACGAGCGACAAGGACCUCCUCGCCUUGCUGGAUGUGAGAACUCAGGUUGGUCCUUUGCUAAAGGAAUUUUCAUCCCCGGAGGCCACAACUCCCCAGUUCAUGACAGAUAUGAAGUUUUCCACCAGCGCAGUUGCCCUCGACACCAUUUUGAAUUGCGGUGAUCUUCAAAUUACAACGGUCCCGUUCUCUCUGUCACAAGUUCCCCUCCACAACUUAGCAGCUCUUGCUGAAUCUAAAAAGCCAAGCACUCCCAAUGCAGCUGUUGGUCCUCAAAGCUCAACCUACUCUACACCACCUUCUAAUAAGCCUCUCCCCCAGAAUGGUAACGACAGUCAGAUUGGACCACAUGAUAAUGCCAACCACCCCUCUACCCCUUGGCAAGCAACGUCCAAUCAGCUGUGUCCUCCCGCUUCUUCCUGCCAAGUCAAUACACAGAGGACCACAUCCACUUCUGUCUACCCUGCUCAUAUUGGCCAAUGUCCACCCUACUCUGCUCCUCACAACAGUCUUUAUCUGAAACCCAACACAGUCCAAUCUUCACAACUUCCUGCCAAGCACUCCCAGUCUGUUUUGACCUCAGGAAAUGAGCAACCCCAGCUCCCAUAUCAAAACCAGCAGAGUGUGGUCGCAUCCAGCCUCUCCCAGGCCUUAGUUAUUCCUGUGCUCAUUCAUCAGGGUCCUCUUUUCCAACCUCUUAACUCCUGUCAAACUAAACCCUUUUUGAACAUCAACCAUCUUUCAACUGUCUCUGCGACUCGUGGGGACCAAACUGAAACUAGUAAUUCCUCUUUCCCAAAUCACAAGACUUUAGCCUGGCCACAGCCCCCAAUGCAACAUCAAUCUCUGUCUGGAACACCUAAAGGACAGCAAGUUGUGAACCGAUGUUCUGCCAAGCAGAGAAGUCAUGACAAGCUGGCACAUGUUUUUUUAGACCAGCACAAAUACAAACCAAGUCUCCGGCGGUGUUUAAUGCCUAAGCCAAACCAUCAACAGCUAAACACCAAUCAAAUGCAGUCCAGUGUAUUUCCAGUUAAAGAAUACCAACCUAUUCUGAAUAAGUUGGGCCAGUUGGAGUGUCUAAAUCAAAGUCAUCCCAAUCCAAGCAGAACUGCAAUAGUCCUGGACCAGUCCAGUACAGGAGCCAAAAAUAACCUAAGCCAAUCAAAUGAGGCCUCAGCUAUCUAUGAGCAGUUAAUAGUCCCUGUAAAUCAUAAUCAAUCCAUUAUAGCUCUUGGAAACCAAAGUCUCAUCAUCAACCAGUUAAACCAAAAAGACUUGGAGUCAGUCUCACCUCAGUUCAGCACAUCCAUAAGAGUUAUGCAAAAACACCCACUGCUAACCAAAUAUCUUCUAAAAUCACAAAAUGGCUCUUCUGGUAAAAUGACUACACUUGGUAAUGAUGAAAAAAGUGACACCUGCCCUUCUCCAGGUGACUCUGGCCAGCCCUCGGCCUCAUCCCCACACCACCAGCUCCCAACCCAAACUAUAAAAGCAGCAGCAGACUCUGCCUGUGAUAGCAGCACUCCUCCCAUCAGCACCUUGUCUGCAGGGAGUGAGCACCAGGCUGCAGAGAACGAACCCACCUCCACUGUAUCUGAGAUCCAGAAUAGUGGAGAGGAGUUUUGCCCCAUCCUUUCAGAAUUUAUCCAGUUGUUGGACAGCAUGAAAGCAUCCAAUGGAUCAGACAGUAACUCUGGCAUGAGGGCCCUGGAGGGAGGAGCUGCUGAAGAGCCCAUCCCCUCGCUGGAACAUAACAAGAGAGAGGCUGAAAACAUACAGCCACCCUCCCCAGGGGAUGCCUUUUUGGUGGUCAAUCAGGUAUCCCCAGUAACUGUAAAAGCUGAAGAGGAGCUCCCACACUGUGUUGGCGGGUCAUCUGUCAACGAUCCUCAGCACUUCAAUCACUCGGCUCAGAACCAGCUAGCCAAACUAGAACCUAAUAUACAAGAGGAAGAACAACACCCUCAGACCCUUGACAAAACCAGGUCAGACUGGACUGUAGCAGCGCUACAGCAGCAGGGAACCAACCAGUCACAGAAACCGAUGUCACACAGGGAAACUAUGUCUAUAGAACCUAGCUCUCCACAUGGACUCCAGGCUUGCAGCCAGAGCUAUUGGCAGCCCACUGUCCAAUUGUUCAAAUUGUCAAUAACUAUACCUCCACCAGGCCAUCCUUUACCCAGGUUCCGUCUCCUUCCUGGAGACAAUAAAGAUGAGAUUUACCUUCAAGAGAUUGACAAAGAUCAUAACCAGCCCCGUGUUGAUGAUGUUAUUGAUUUCCUGGAACCGCUGUCAUUCCUGGAGAGUCCACCCGUCAUGCAGACUGUCAUCUGUGCUGCCUGUCGUUCUCCAGACAGCUCCAUAAUCUGUGUGAUGUGUGGGCGGGGCUUCCACAGAGCCUGUCACAUCCCACCCAUUGGACUUUCUAUUAGGUCAGAUUGGAGCUGUUCCUUGUGUCAGGACCUGGAAGACGCCACAGACCCUUACAGUUCAGAGAGAGGGACGACAACCUGUCUCAGUGUCCUGGACCAGAGGAAAUGUGAACACCUCCUUCUGUUCCUGACCUGCGAGCGCUCAGACAGUAUCAGGAACCAGCCUGAACAGGUUUUCGGCGGGUCAUCGCCUCUCAGUUUCAUCUGUGAGCGUCUCUCUCACCUCCGCUCGCCGCCGUACCGCACACCCUCAGAGUUCAUCUCUGACAUCUGGAACUUCCUCCACUUCUUGUCCGUUUCAACGGAAAACAGCGAAGAGCUGAUGAAGCUUCAGGAAAACUUUCGGAUAAAGUUGGUGGAGACGCUUGGAUUACAGCUCCACCCGUCCCUCCUGCAGCAACACAGAACCACACAGCUGGCAAGUGCAGCGGGACCGCCGACUGACUGCCACACGCAGUCAGAUGUGGGUACAGAUGAUACUGAGGGGUCAAAGGCCACAACCGGCAUAAACAGGAGUCAGAAGAAGACGGGUGAGGAGUUGGCGGUCGGAGAUUCGAGCACCUGUCGCACCUGGGAGGCAGGGCUUAACGAGUCACAUGCUUUCACUGCCAGUGAAGUCAGAAAGUGUAGGGAGGAGCCAGGAGUGGGUGGUGAGGGGUCAGACAGGUCUACGGUCCUGGUAAACUCUAAACUCAGUGACAGGCUGGCAGAGUCGAAGCUCAGGGAGACCCGGAAAAGACUGAGAGAUUUUCUGGGCGUCAGCUGGUUGCCUGCUGCAAAGAAAAAAAAAGCCAUAAAGAUGAAAAGAAAGAUGGACCACAUGGGUAAAUGAUGAGAUCGGGCGGCGCGCGGAGUAAGUGACGGGAUCUUGCCAUGUAAGGAAGUAACCAGUUACUUUACUGAUGCAUCCCUCAUCCAUUUUCACUCCCACAGAAAACAUGUAAAUGUCAAAUUUUAUUUAUUUUUUCUAAGACCCCCCCCCCCUUUCUCCCCAAUUGUAUCUGGCCAAUUACCCCACUCUUUCGAGCCGUCCCGGUCGCUGGUCGCUGCUCCACCCCCUCUGCCGAUCCGGGGAGGGCUGCAGACUACCACAAGCCUCCUCCGGUACAUGUGGAGUUAUCAGCCGCUUCUUUUCACCUGACAGUGAGGAGUUUCACCAGGGGGACGUAGCGCGUGUUGUGGAUUUUCCUUUAUCCUUAAAUGGGCUCUUGCCCCAGCAACCUCUGGGGAGAAUAAUCAUCGGACAAAUAUUGGAGCCAACAGAGAAUCUUUAUUGGAUCUGCAGAUGGAGAGACAUAAGGCUACACAGAGGUUCGUCUGUGUCGAUAUGCUCUCCCCUGAGCUGGAGGUAGUGGUUUUUUUAUAGAACAGUCCAUCGCGUCAUACCCUAUGUUUCCUGCAUUAACUAAGGUGUAGUCUUACAAAGGAAUGCAUGUAAACAUCUGCGUUAAUCAUGUUCUGUGUCUGGUGAGUGUCUGUAGGUCCAUUACUCUUAUCUUUGCUGUCCCAGGCAGUGCCUGGGACACGGCAACGGGGAGGCCCUCAUGAUAUAGUGGCCAUGUAUGGGUAUGUGUGUCUGCAGUGAGUGAGAAGUUUCAUACACACAGAGAAGUGGAAAACUACAGAGUACAUACGGAGUGCAUAUGGAGUACAAUUUGUACUCCACACAGGUGAGAGGCUCACGCUAUUCCCCCCCAACCACACCAGAGGAGGUGCUAGUGCAGCAACCAGGACACAUAGCCACAUCCGGCUUCCCACCCGCAGACACGGCCAGUUGUGUCUGUAGGGACACCCGAUCAGCAGGAGGUAACACGGGGAUUCAAACAGGCGAUCCCCGUGUUAGUAGGCAACGGAAUAGACCGCCAUGCCACCCGCACGCCUGUGAACUUUUUCUUGAUAAACUGAUUUGACAGUUUUGAAGUCUUUGUGGAACUUCAGCUAUGGCAGCUAAAAUAAAACCUCUGAUUGUGGCUUUCAGCAGUCAGAAGUGAUC